AUGUUUAAUUUAAGAACUGGUAACCCCUCCAUCGGAGGUGCACCUAUUCCUCUCCUUCCAAAUAAUCCCCCAAAGGCACAAAGGGUAGCUUGCCAUGGUGGUCCACCUUACUUCUCUCUUGCCCACAUGCCAACUAUGCAAUGCAAAUUGGGCUGGUUUAGACAAUUUGUUGAAUCCCAAAGAGAGCAAGUAGAAGAGUCCACAACUCAACAGCAACCAGGCACUGGAGCAACACAUGAUCAAACUUUCCCUUCUUAUCCAUUGCAGGUACAGGGCCAGUGGGGAAAUCUUCGCCUUUUCACCAGAUUAUCAAUGGGGAAGAUCAUCCCUGAUAUUUCAAACCACCCAAAGAAUGCCACCUAG